AUGCAACCGAGUAACGAUUCCGCUUAUGGCAGUUAUAACAUUUAUGGAAGAUCAACAGAGCCAGUACAAACUGAUCGAAAUUCGAACAUUGAAUUUUACGGCACAAAUAGGCCAUCAAUUUAUGGACAGGAACAACAACUGCAACCGGUAUAUGUGGGCAAUUUGAGAAAACAGCAACAGUCGAGAAGCAAGGAAUCGUGGUCUCAUAGGUAUCGGGAGCCGGAAGGAAAUUAUGGGCGAAGAUACGCCGGAUAUUCUGAUGAAAUCGGACAGCAAAAGACAACGAAGACGCGGAAGACGACACUCACAUCACAGAAGACACAAACAUCGGAAACAUAA